CGGGCCCUACUCGAGGACGUACUCAAACUCAUUCCCGUGGAUGUGGUGGCCGUCCACUGUCACGACACGUACGGCCAGGCGUUGGCCAACAUACUGACGGCGCUCGAGUACGGCGUGGCUACUGUUGACUCGUCGGUGGCCGGACUCGGCGGCUGUCCCUUCGCGAAGGGCGCCACCGGUAAUGUGGCCACAGAGGACGUGGUCUACAUGUUGCACGGGAUGGGCAUCAAAACGGGCGUCGACCUACCGAAGCUGAUGGAAGCGGGCAGUUAUAUAUGCAAUGCACUGAAAAAGCAGACUAACUCCAAAGUGGGACGGGCCACCCACUCCAAGACCUGUGUCGACAGCAAUAAUUAGGUGUUCCCCUCCCUCCCCCAUCGCGCCAGUGGUUUGCGGGGCACACGGAUUACGGAUUCAUUAGAGAUUAUAAUUUGCGAAACAAAAUGUUCAAAAAAACUAUUAUAAAAACGAAAUAAUGUUAUAUUUUUAUGCGAUAAACACUCAAAACGGACGCCUAUUUUAUCGUAUCAUUCAUCGAGGUGUGAGAAACACGUGUGAAUUGAACUGAAUAUUCAUAAAAACUGCAAUUGUUUUGUGCGUUUAAUUCAAUCACUAGUUUUUGUUGUUGUUGUUGACGGCAUCGGGAGGUCUAUUGAGAUGUUAUGUUAAGGAUUUGUUUCUUAAAUGUUACGUUGUUUUUACGCAAUUGUUUUCAGCAUUUGUUUUUGAAAAUUGAUUGAAACACUCAAUGCAUUUGUGAAGCGGUUUUUGUGUGCGAAACAAAAAUUGGUUGAAUUUCUACUCAAUUUGUAUGAUUUGAAAGUCCGGGAGAACUCAGAC